UUGCCUAAUUAAGUCCAAAGCUUGUUAUCAUAUCGCUUCAACCAAAUUCUGCCCUUAUAUCUAUACUUCUACUAAUUAUGCCAAAGUAUGUCCAUCAAUAAUCUAUUGAGUGCAUAUAUGUUAAGCUUAUCAUGAGCUUUCGAGCAACUACAAAGUUAAUUUUCGUGUGAUCUUUAAAGCUCGUGAAAACAAUUACUAAUGUUUGCAUUAGGAUAGACUGUCUACAUCACACUAUUCGAGUGUGAUCCUUCCUUGACCCUAAUUAAUGCAGAAUGCUUUGUGCAUCAUGUUUUCCUGUUAAGCUCUGAUCAUUAGCACAUAUAUUUCACUUAUUGCAUGAUUUACCAAUUUACGUAGCCUGUUCUUUUUUUUAAUUUUCACAAGACUACACAAAGAAAAGACAAUCUUUGUGCCGGCCAAAUGUUACAAUAUUUCCUAUUCAUUUAUUUUAGCAAUGUCGUUUCUAUCUUCAUCUAAGAAUUUCCUGCAUUUCCAUUCGUAUUCUUCGAGAUUGUGCUUCCACACAUUUGAAUCGCACAAUGGAGAGGAGAUUCAACAGGAACCUGUCGAACGAGAGCAGAGGAUCCUCAAAGAACUUACAGAGGAUAAUUGCAGAGAACAGAAAGCCUGCUAGUCCUGUCCCUGACUUAACUGAUUUUAUGAAUGACAUGUUUUUCGGGACACCAAGUCCUGAUAAAAAAACAUAUAAUCUGAAGGGAAUUAACACGAAUUCGAUAGAGGAUGGUGAUGAUUUCGACUCAAGCACAAGGAGUGUUAGCAGCAGGCUAACUCAGGAGUGGCUACAGGAAGCUAAGCAAAUGGUAGCUUCCUCUCCUGGUCGAGGAAGUGAGUCGCCCCCAGGGCGGCUAGUCACUUCCCCUAGGUUCGCAACAUCUCAUGCUAGAAUUGAUUCUCCUACUGAAGGCAGAGAUCCCCUCUCUAGGUCUGCUAGAAGGCAUAGAUCAGUGGUGGGGUUCAGUGAAGAAAUCCUCUCAAAAACAGCAAAACACAACCGCAAUAAAUCAGAGCCGUUAAUGAUUGAUCCUCCUUCAGCCGGCACAUCCCCUUCAUCAAACGUUCAAGAUUGGUUCUCUCACAUCUUCAAGACUCCAAAUGAUGGGCCCACUUCUCCCAAGCCCAACAAUGAGCAACCCGCACUCAACCUCCCGCCCCGCCAAUCAAUCAGUCGCCGAACGCGGUUCCAUACGAACUCCAAUGCACCUCAGCAACACUCUAUCAACUCUCCAAAACGAACUUCCAAAAUUCCCGCCACCGGCUCAACGGACAAUGUAUCACACUUUUUAGAUGACAAGCCACUUUCUCCACCAAAAAGUCUCAUCGAAUCUUCUCACAGGAGGUCGAUUUCAUCGACGACAUGUUCGAUCCCGGAGUAUCCGGCACUUUCUCCUCCAAGGAAUUUGGUAGAGUUGGCUCAUCGGAGGAGUAUCUCUGCGUCUACGAGUGCGUUCGAGAAGGUUUUGCGAAAUAACAAUGUGGACGGAGAUGAAGUCAAGGAGGAAGAUUUGAAGAGUCAGGAACUGAAUCGGUUCUUGAAGGAGCAGAGAGACAAAAUCGACAACGUUUUUAGUGGACAGAUAAAAGGGAAAGCCAAAAUUGUGCUGUCUGGACCUUCCAACAGUACAAGCUCAAUGGUGGCUGCAAUUUGCUAUGCUUGGUUGUUGGAAAAUAGGACGAAGGCUAAUGAGCAAGGAGGAGAUGCAAAUACAAUUCAGGUGGUGGUUCCUGUGAUGAAUAUUACAAGAAGGAAAAUGUUGAAGCAGCGGCAAGUGGCUCGGCUUUUUCAUCUUGUUGGUCUUGAUGCCAAAUCUUUGCUUUUCUCCGAUGAGGUUGAUUUGGAAACACUACUGUUGGCUAAGCAGCUAAGCAUCCUUGUAGUUGGCGAAGACAUACUCAAAACUAAUGGAGAGGCAAUAUCAGGGUGUACUGUUCUUACUGACAAUUACUGUGAGGAUGCUUAUGAACUACUUCAGACACCUAUUUUGAAAAAGCUUCUGCUUGCAGGCAUACUUUUAGACACACAAAACUUGAGUGCAUCUUCUAAGGUGUCGAUGACAAGAGAUGUAGAAGCAGUUCAGCUGCUUUCAUUUGGCUCCACCCCUAACUACAGAAAUGCUUUUUUUGACCAAUUGAUGCAAGAUCCAAAGGAUGAUAGUUUUGUAGAUGUUAUGAGGCAGAAUUAUGGAAAUUCACCCAUUGAGAGUACCCAUAAAUAUAGAGCACAUCAAGUCUUGGAGAGGAAUUCCACCCCUCAAGAAAAUACACCAAGUUCAGAUAAGAUAUCUAAAGAUGUGAAGAAUGGGAAGAUAAAUAGAGUGUCACCAAACGCAGGUAAACCUUCAAUAACACCUAUACAUGCUUCUCCAGCAUCACCAGCAAAAUCAGCCGAUGCUUCACGUGGCAAAAACAAGACCUUCUUCUUAGCAAAGUGGUUUGGUUUUGGGAAGUGAUUAGUGAGUUAUUAAAUCUGCUAAAAAUAUGAGUAAUUUCGAUCAUGCAAUGCUCAAAUUUAGUCGGAGAACUGUCAAGUGAUAGAAAGUGAUUCUUUUUUUACAAUAUUAAUAGGGAUUUUUCAAAAUGUUUGGAGAGCUUUUUUGGUUGUUGGUCUUAUUUAAUUGAUUUUUUUUGUGUCUGGCCCAGGCUAUUUCCACAUGCUACAAUGUUUUUUUUUUUUACUUCUGGAUGUAUUUGGUUGAUUUUUUUUCCUAUGAAUCUCUGUCGACCUUGUAAUCCUUAUGGUAGAGCUAAUCUACAUGUGAUUUUAUACGAGAUAAAAUAUGAAAUAAGAAUAAGAACACUUAAAAACUUGUAUAUGUAGACUAUCUUCUGUUUUCCGAAUUACAAGUAUACUAGCUAGUGAAGUUAAAUCUA